AUGGCUCACCGCCGCUUUGAGGUCAAAGAGCACGCAGCCUCCUACCUGAGGUCCAGGGUCCCCCCCCCCCCACAGGAACUGAUCACAGAGAUACUGGGAUUUCUGGAGAAUAUGAAAGAAAGGCCGUUUGACCUUGCCGUGGACAUAGGCUGUGGCUCGGGACAGGGGACACUUCUACUGGCCCCUCACUUUACCCAGGUGAUCGGGACAGACAUCAGCCCCGCCCAGCUGGAGGUGGCUCUGGCCAAUAGCAGCACCCCAAAUAUCUUCUACAGGCAGUGUCCUGCAGAGGAGUUACCGUUUGCUGACGGCGGGCCAGACUUGGUGACGUCCAUGACCGCGGCCCACUGGUUCGACCGUCCAUGGUUCCUCCAGGAGGCAGACAGGCUGCUGAAGCCCAGAGGGUGUCUGGCCCUGAUCAGUUAUACCCUGGACAUGGACCUGGAGUACGGACAACACUCCCACACUCUUACUGACAUCUGUCAUCAGAGUACGGAAACACCGGGAAAGUAAUUCAGAGUACGGAAACAACAGGAAAAUAAUACUACCUUAUUGAUGUCCCCCUCCAGUUCUACAAGAACAUGCUGCCAUUUCGCAGUACCCACA